CCUGCUCUUCUACAUAGUACUACAACUAGUCAUGGCGUCUGUCCUUCCGGUGAUUUUCAUACUCGUCAUAGUCCUAGGACUGAUGACUUGUGGCUACCUCUUCGUACCAAAGGGCCAACAUCAAACGACAAUUCGUACGGCCAUCAUGCUCACGCUUGCAUCGUGUUACCUUAUGUGGAUGAUCACAUAUAUGGCUCAGCUACAUCCUCUCAUCUCGCCAUACCGUUCACUCAAGCCCGAAGAGAGUUUAUGAUGGACACGCGCCAUCUGAGCAGGGAAUAGACGUACACCGCUGUCGCUAUAAUAGAUUCUGCAAUUAACGAAAGCGUGGUUGAACACCUCGGAGCCA